AUGUCCGUCGUAGGCAUUGACUUUGGCACCCUUCAAUCCAAGAUUGCUGUAGCACGUAAUCGUGGUAUUGAUGUUAUUUGUAAUGAGGUUUCGAACCGAACUACACCGUCUUUAGUUUCUUUCGGUCCUAAAAAUAGAUAUUUGGGAGAAGCAGCCAAAACUCAAGAGAUCUCCAAUUUCAAGAAUACAGUUGGAUCUUUAAAACGGCUCGUUUGUUACUCAUUUCAAGACAGUGAGCUUCAUGAAGUUGAAAAACAGUAUGUUAAUGCAGAAUUGGUAGACGAAAAUGGGCAAGUUGCUGUCAAGGUUCAAUAUCAAGGCGAACAACGCGUAUUUACUGCUACGCAAUUGGUUUCUAUGUAUUUUACCAAACUUAAGGAUAUCACUUCUGCGGAGCUUAAGAUUCCAAUUUCUGAUGUUGUAAUUUCGGUUCCUGGCUGGUUCACAGAUUCACAACGUCGUAGAAUUCUCGAUGCAGCUGAAGUCGCCGGUUUAAACUGUUUGCGCUUGAUAAAUGAUACGAGCGCGGCAGCGUUAGGUUAUGGCAUUACAAAGACUGACUUGCCCGAGGACAAAGAAAAACCUCGUAAUGUCGUGUUUGUAGACAUUGGUUAUUCCGGUUAUAGCGUAGCAAUUGUUUCCUUUAUCAAGGGACAAUUAACAGUCAAAUCCACUGCUUACGAUAGGCAUCUUGGUGGACGAAACUUUGACCAGGUUUUAAUUGAUCAUUUGGCCGAAUUAUUUAAGGAAAAAUAUAAGAUUGACAUAAAAUCAAAUCCGAAAGCACUUUUUCGCCUUCGUACAGCUGUAGAAAAAUUGAAAAAAGUUCUUUCUGCAAAUGCUCAAGCACCAAUUAAUGUAGAGUCAAUAAUGAAUGAUAUUGACGUUAGUGCUAUUCUUUCUCGUGAAGAAUUUGAAAAACUAUGUGAACAUCUUCUCAACCGUAUAGAAGCACCACUUGCACAAGCAUUUCGUGAAUCGGGACUUUCUUUAGAAGAUAUUCACUCGGUUGAAGUAGUUGGUGGAUCAACACGUAUUCCAGCUGUCAAAGAAAGAAUAUCAAAAUUCUUUGGUCAAGAACUCAAAUAUACUCUUAAUCAAGACGAAGCAGUUGCUCGUGGAAGUGCGCUUCAAUGCGCUAUUCUCUCACCAGUAUUCAAAGUUCGCGAAUUUAGUGUUCAAGAUGUUACUCCUUAUCCUAUUAAAAUUACGUGGAACAAAAUACCAGAAAUCCCUGACGAAGAAUCCGAACUUGUCGUAUUUCAAAAAUCAAACAGCAUUCCGUCUACAAAAAUCUUGACAUUUUAUCGAAAAGAGCCAUUUGAAAUUGAAGCUUAUUAUUCUGAACCAGACAAAAUUCCGAGUUCUAAUCCUUGGAUUGGCAAAUUUUCCAUUAACCGAGUAACACCUACAGAAAAAGGAGAUUUGAGUAUAGUUAGAGUCAAGGCUAGACUUAAUAUGCAUGGAAUACUUUCUGUGGAAAAUGCUCAUAUUGUGGAAGAAGUAAUUAAGGAAGAAAAAGAAGAAGCAACAAAUGUAACCAAUGCACAAAAUGCAACCAAUGCACAAAAUGCAACCAAUGCACAAAAUGCCACCAAUACAUCAAAUGCACAAAAUGCAACCAAUACAUCAAAUGCACAAAAUGCAACGAAUGAACCACAACCGAUGGAUACUGAUAGUACACCUUCAGAAAAUGCCAAACCAAGUCCUGUCAAGAAAGUGAAAAAGCUUGUAAAGAAGGCAGAUUUACUAGUCAAUUCUUGCCAUAAUGGUACCGAAAACUGGCUUUAUGAUGAAGGGGAAGAUGCUAGUAAAUCGGUAUACGUUGAAAAACUUGAUCAAUUGAAAACUAUUGGAGGACCUAUCGCUGAACGAUAUCGUGAAGCAGAAGAACGACCCAAAGCUGUACAAUUAUUACAAGAAAGCAUACAAUCAUUUAUUCUUAAUGCAUCUAGUAAUGAAGAAAGAUUUUCACAUAUUCCUGAAGAAGAAAAGAAGAGCAUUGUGGAAAAAGCAACAAAAACAUCGGAAUGGUUAAAUGAAAAAUUGAAAGCGCAGGAAAGUUUGCCAAAAUAUGAAGCGCCAGCGGUCCUAUGUCGGGAAAUUUAUAAGGAGCGAGAGAAUUUAGUACAUUUUGCAUCCCCAAUCUUGUCAAAACCGAAACCGAAACCGAAACCCGAACCCAAACCUGAAGAGCCCAAACCUGAAGAACCUAAACCUGAAGAACCUAAACCUGAAGAGCCUAAAACUAAAGAAUCUAAAACUGAAGAACCUAAAACCGAAGAACCCAAUUCUAAAGAGACCAAUACUGAACAAACUGUGAUUGAAGAAAUUUCAAUGACGGAGAGUGUUACUAUAGAUGUUCAAAACACAGAUAAACCUAAAAGUGAUAACAAAGAUGAGAGUAGUGGAGACACGAUGGCAGUUGAUUAA